AUGAAACAGAAUAUGGCACAUACUUAUUAAAUAAUGGAUCGAAUAGGUUUCAUCAAGAAUAUGAUAUCCACUCAUUAAAAAAAACUCAUUACUGAACCCAAAAGAAGUUCAUCUUAUUUAGAAACAUCUUAAACUGAAGUUGUUAGACGAAGUAGAGAUUCAUUUCAUAAAUAAUAAAGUCAUUUAAAUGAAACAUCUACUUCUGAUUAUUUUAGUAUACAAGAAAACACCAAUCUCAGAUUGUUAAGAGAAGAGCUCAAAAUUACCAAAAGUUUAUUAGAUAAGCGAUCUAUUGAAUUGAAUUAAUUAAUGUAAGAUAAUUAAGGAAAUAAAUCUGAUAUAAUCAAAUUGAAAGAGGAGAAUGAAGAAUUAAAAUAUCAAUUAAAGAAGGUCAUAAGAGAAAAAGAUGAUUAUUAGGAAGAAUUGGCAUUUAAGUUAAAGAAGAUAGAUUCGUUGAAUGAAGAAAUUUAAAGAUUAGAGAAAUCUCAAAAUUAAAUGAUAUGUGAUUUAAAGGAAGCAAGAGAAGCAAUGUAAAAUAUCAGACAAUAUGAGAAUGAAAUCAAACAAAAAGAAAAAUAAGUAUAAAUCUACAUUUAAUAAAUUAGCUGUUAAAUGAUUGGCAAAAACUUGAAAAAGACAAACUACUUCUUAAAGAAAGAUAAUCUUAAUUACUUAUACUUUAAGAAUAGUUAUAAAUCGAAGUUGAAAAUAUUCAAUCUCUAAAAAAUAGAAUUACUUAGUAAGAGAAAAAAAUAGUUAAUGUUUAAUAAGAGAAAUAAAAUUAAUUAAAAGAAAAAGAGUAAUAAUUAUAGAUGAAAGAGAAAAUCAUCUCAUUUAAAGAACUAAAAGUAGAAAAAGAAGAGAAGUUAAAAGAUGAAGUUGACCAAAAAUUAUUAAUUUUAGAAAUGAAUGAAGAUUUAUGGAAAAAAAGAGUUUAAGCAGAAUUUACUAAAAUUAAAGAAGUCCAAUAAAAACUCAAAAUAAUUAAAUGA